AUGAGUUACGUCGCCAAAAAGGAAGAGUUCGACUCGUCCGCGCCCGCGGUCAAGAGCCACAAGAUCCGCAUCACCCUCACCAGCAGGAACGUCAAGAACCUCGAGAAGGGUGAGUGCUCUCUGCUGGACACGAGAGGCUGGGGUCUUGGGGUGACGAGUGUAGAGCUGGUUUUGGGUUUUGGAUUGGCUGCGGCGGUGUUGGGUGUGUGUGUGUGUGUGGUACGCGGCGGGCCGGUGGUGCGAUCAAAAAUCGAUGGCUGGUCCUGGCGCCUACAUGAGCGUACAUCGCGGAUGCCCGGACAUAUGCACUGCACGUGUGAACCCUCUCGUAUGCUUUUGAGUGCAGUACGCAUCCUUGCGGCGUGUCUGUGCCCCGUGGAUCUCGAUCGAGUCGAAUGGGCCCACCCCCCAGCGCCCACCCGCGUCCCAACAGCACGCACCUGCAGCUUUGCGCCAGGGGCCCCCGACCAGCGACUCACUCGUCCGCUCACUCGCUGAUCUCCCCUUGUUCUCUCUCUUUCUAGUCUGCUCGGACUUGGUCAACCGCUCCAAGGACAAGCAAUUGCGCGUCAAGGGCCCCGUCCGUCUCCCCACCAAGAUCCUUCACAUCACCACCCGCAAGUCCGUACGUGAUUUUUGGCCCGUUGGGGACCGGCUUGGCAUGUUGCCAGUCGCUGAUGUACAAUCCCUCUUUUUGUUGCAUCACAGCCUUGCGGUGAAGGAUCCAAGACCUGGGACCACCUCGAGAUGAAGAUCCACAAGCGCCUCAUCGACCUCGAGUCCCCCGCCGAGGUCGUCAAGCAGAUCGUACGUUCUUCUCAGCUCCCACAACUGCCCUUGCAUCUCAGCCGCUGACCGCUUCUUCCAUCACUGCGAUUUAGACUUCGAUGUCGAUCGAGUCUGGCGUCGAGGUCGAGGUCACCAUUGCCGCUUAA